GUUGCUCUUUCUUCAGUCCCUCGGAUCCGUCCCAUUCUUCAGCACUUUCUCCACUUGUGUGUGUGUUGUCUGCCGGGACAAUGCCAGGAGGAGGCAUGGAGAACGCUCAGCUGUUUGAUGCUGGGGACAAGGGUCGUGGCUUGAGGGCCACUAAAGAGCUCAAAGCUGGAGAUGUGGUGUUUUCGGAGCCUGGCUUUUCUGCUGUGGUCUAUGAGAGCAUGGCUGCUAAGGUGUGCCACAACUGCUUCCGCCGCCAGUCCAAUCUGCACCGCUGUGCCCAGUGCAGAUUUGCCCACUACUGUGAUCGCACAUGCCAGACUGCAUGCUGGGAAGAACACAAGCUGGAGUGUGCAGCCAUCAGGAAAACAGUCACAGCACCAAAUGAGCAAGUCCGUCUGGCUGCUCGUGUGAUGUGGCGCAUCCACAAAGACGCAGGGAUUGCCACUGACACCCAGCUGGUGGCUGUGGACAAACUAGAGGACCACGUGGCAGAUCUCGGAGAAGAAGUCCUAAAACAGCUCAAGAACAAUGUGGGACAAUUCUUUCAAUACUGGUCCUAUGGCAGCAAGCAGCAUUCUGCAGACUACAUCUCACACAUCUUUGGUAUUAUCAAGUGUAAUGGUUUGGCGCUCACCGACCAACGAGGUCUGCAGAAGGUUGGUGUGGGACUCUUCCCAAACCUGUGUCUUGUCAACCAUGACUGCUGGCCAAACUGCACAGUCAUUCUCAAUAAUGGCAACCAGUCAGCCCUUAACUCCGCUCUCCACUCUAAGAGGAGGAUUGAACUCCGAGCUCUGGGUAAAAUCUCUGAGGGACAAGAGUUGACAGUCAGUUAUGUGGACUUCCUGAACCUGUCCGCUGACCGCAGAAAGAAGUUGAAGGACUUGCACUUCUUUGACUGCACUUGUGAGCACUGCACACAGCACAUAAAAGAUGACCUGAUGAUGGCUGCUGCAGAGAGCAAACCCUCAGAAGAUAAGGUCAAGGAGGUGAUUGCUUUUAGUAAAGAAAGCUUAGAAAAGAUCGAAGCAGCUCGCACUCAGGGCAAUUUCCAUGAGGUGGCCCGGAUCUGCUGCGACACACUGGACAAGCAGGAAAAUGUUUUGGGCAACACUAACCUCUACAAGCUGCGUGUGCUCAGCAUGGCCAGUGAGGCCCUCUCUUACCUGCGCGCCUACUCGGAGGCUGCAGACUAUGCUCGCAAGAUGGUGGAGGGAUACACAAAGUUGUACCAUCCCAACAGUGCUCAGCUUGGCUUGGCUAUCAUGAAGGCAGGUGUGACCCACUGGCAUGCAGGCCAGAUUGAGCAGGGCCAUGGGUUCAUAUGCAAGGCCUAUUCCAUCCUUAUGAUCACUCAUGGGCCGUAUCAUGCCAUCACCAGAGACCUGGAGUCGAUGCGUGCACAGACAGAGAUCGAGCUGAAGAUGUUCAAACAAAAUGAAAACGAGUAUCACACGAUGAGGCAACAAGUGCUGAAAGACAACAGCGCAGCUGACAAAAAGAUUUAAUGACAAACUCAAAAGAAUUGCACCCAGUCUGUUAAAACCCACCACAGCCUGUACAAAUAUGUCAAUAAAUCAGCAUUUUGUGGUGAUGAAAAAAAAGUUAA